UAAAAUAAAUACUACAAAAUGAUGUAACAAAAUUUCUAAAAUAGCUAUAAACAAUUUAUAUAAAAAUUUUAAUCAAGAUAUUUAAUGAUAGCAAUAAUGUAAAAGUUUAUAAAAAUGUUAAGAAAUCUAAAAGAAAAGUGAAAAUGUAUAAAUAAAUAAAAAUAAUGAUAUUUUAUACCGUUAAGUGUUUUAAUAACAUAAAAGUAAAUCUAUAAUUAAAUUUAUAUUACCCAUAAAUUUGAACAAGCAUGCAAAUUAAUGCAUCUUUAUAUAACACAGGUAUUACAAUAUAAUGUCUCAAGAACAAAGCAUCUUCAUAGCUUAGCAGUAGUUUAUGCUUAUAAAUCGAUAGCACCUAGUGAACAGCAGACAGAAGAUAACAUUCGCUUAGCAAGGAUUUUAGGAUGGUGUGUGGAAAUGACGUUGGCCUUUAUGGUCAUAGUCGACGACAUUGUAGAUCAGUCGAUGUUACGCCGAGGCAAACCAUGUUGGCAUCGAUGUGAUGAGACAGGUUUAAUGGCAAUCAAUGAUGCUUUAUUGAUAGAGAGCAGUUUGUAUUAUUUAAUUCAAAAACACUUCAAAGGGAAAGAAUGUUACAUAAAUUUAGUAGAAACAUUUCAACAGGUUCUAUUUGAAUCACAAAUAGGCGAAUUUUUGGAUAUGGUCUCGUCUUCGAAGAAACUUAAUCUGGAUCAAUUUACAAUAAAUCGACGUAAUUCCAUCGUUCAAUCCAAAACAGAAAAAAUAACAUUUUUACUGCCAGUAUUUCUAGCAGUGCAUUAUGCUGGAAUCGAAAAAGUUCGAGAUAUGGUGAAGCAAUUAGAAACUAUCUUGUUAGAGAUGGGGCAUUUUUAUCAAGUCCAAGACGAUUGUUUAGGUUGCUUUUUCGAUGGUUUGCGCAAAGAUAGUACUGAUAUAGAAGAAGGAAGAUGUACGUGGUUAAUUAUUAAAGCUCUUGAACGCGUCACUCCGGAACAGCGUAAAAUUUUAGAAGAAUGUUACGGAGUUUCGGAUCCGGAGAAAGUAAAACGCGUAAAACAGCUCUAUAUUGAUUUGGAUUUGCAGAAUGCUUAUUUUAAAUACGAAAAAGAAACAUAUAAUGCAUUAAGUGCACUCAUACAGAAAAUAUCAUGCAAAAAUUUACAAAAUUUUUUCAUGGGUUUAUUAGGGAAGAUUUAUGGCAGACGAAUCGAUUUUAAUUAAACAUGUCUUAAAUACUACUAUUUUAAGUAAGUAUUUGUUUUAAGCAUAUUUAACCAUGAAACAUGUUUAAAAGGGAUUUUUUAUUUUAAAAUAACAAUACUUAUUAUCUUCUGCAAAUUUUGUAGAUUUAAAGAUUCUUUAUUUGUACAAAUAUGAGAAAAUGGAUUAUUGAAGGAAAUAAAAUCUUUAAAUCUGCAAAAUUUGCAAAAGAUAAUAAAUAUUGUUAUUUUAAAUAUUGGUGUUCAGUUGUUCAAUGGGUACUGGGUAAUUAGGUAUAUGUGUAGCACAGCAAAAAAGCUAUUUUUCAAUUCUCUUUUGAAGACUAAAGGUUUAUUUUCUAUUCCUGCACUCGAAAUUCCCUUUUUGCUACUUUUCAAACAUAGAUCUACUUCACAUUAAGUGCACACUAGUUCAGAAAUUUCAGAAACAGAAAACAAACCUAAAUCUUU